UCCGCAUUGCCAUUUAGGGGCGGGCAUCGCUUUGGUUACUUCAAACCGAACCAAACUAGUGCAUACCGGUACCUCAGAAUCACUCAAAAUUGAAACCGAUUUCAAACUGAAUUAUAUUUCGAUAUGGUUUGGCCGAAUCGAAAUAUAACUCGGUUCCGAAUGGAAAACCCGAUACCAAAUUCAAGCUUAUUUCAGUGAUCUGACUUCUUGCCUCCCUUUUCUUCAGUAGCAAAAGCAACCCAGAUAUGAUUUCCCACCAUUGUUUUUAGUUGGCGGCGAACAAGUAGUAAACAUGUGUAAGAUCCAGUACUAGGUGACUUAGAGAGAAGCAAGGCCGAAAGCAGGGAGAAUCUAGAUUUGGGCAUGAACGACGGUGACCGAAAGUUGGGACUGGAGGUGAGGCGAGAUGGUCAGACAUGUGAGGGUCGAGGGAGGGGCGAGACAGGUUAAUCUUUCUCUUUUUUGGUUGUUCGGUUAAGUUCAGAAUCUUGGUUUGAUUGAUAGGACCUUGGUUUCCAAAUUACACAAAUUUCCUUUCCGAAUUUCGAAUCGAGCAACAUUGUUUCAGUUUCGGUUCGUUUAAGAUUCGUUUUGGUUUGGUUCAAAUCAUUUUUACCUUAUGUGAUUAUCCCAGCUGAAGACCCCGAAUGACAUUGGUAAAUUCCCCAACUAGGGAUCUAGAGUGACGACCGGUGAAUUGGUCCAGAAUCACCCUCGAGCAGGUGCAUAAAAUCCCCAACCGGGAAUUUAGACCGGGUUUCGGGGCUUACAGCGAACUUCCUUUUAGGUUUAGUUUUUUUUCUUUUUGGGUUUUUUGUUACUUUAUUUGCCCUGAGCUAUAUAAAGGGCUUAAGACACGAAUUUUAGGGUUAGACUUUUGUUGAAUAAGAACUUUACACCGAGAUGUGUUUUUCCCCAUGGAGCCAUCGUGUUUAUGGUUUAUUGUUUAAGCUGUUGGUAGAUUUCAUAGCUAGUGCAAUAUCUUUGUUUGAGUUUUUUUGGUGAAGAAUCCAGAAGAGUUUGACAAUACUCUUAUCAAUCAAGCGAUCACACUUGAUUGUGGAGAAUAUCUAUCCCCACGUAUCCCUUUAUUUUUUUAUGCUUGUUUGAAGGUUGAUUCAAGAUAUCCAAACUAAGUGUGGUUGCACGACUUUGAUCAAACGAACCUAAGCUUUCACGAGCUCGGGGUCUUAUCAGGUGGUAUCAGAUCCCCAUUCAAACUCAGGGGCAAUUCGAAGAUUCUUGGUUCAAAAUCAGUGGCAAGGAGAAGAAGUUCACAGAGUCUUUCUUCCCGCUCAAACGAUGGUGAAAGAGUUAGAGCAUUGUAAUAUGUACUAUACUCGUUGUAUGGUGCAAGAGAAGGUGUAUUCUAUGCUUGUAGAUGGAGGGGUCAAAUCAAAUUUGAUUAGCUCAAGACCAACAACAAAAUUGGGGCUACCAAUACGUCUACAUCUAGCUCCAUACAUUCUACAGUUUUCGGGCGAGAAGAUUUCAAGCCUCGUAGUUGGGCAGAUUUAUGUGAAAUUUGCAAUUGCCAAAUAUGAGGAUGAGGUAUUGUGCGAUGUGGUGUACAAGCUUACAAAUGAAAUCAUGUUGGGACAAACCUAAUUCUAAGAUCGUGGAGUUCAUCUGGUCAGCAGAAGGUCCAAAAGCUACCGAUUGUAGCAUCAGAAGAAGGUUUUCAUUUUGAAGCCUUUAUCCUCAGAGGAAGCAGCUGAUGAUUGGAAGAUUUUGCAACGAUUAUAGCGAAAGUAUGAAGCAAAGCAGGAAACCAUGAAACGACUUGCAACACAGAUGGUGCAUAUGGGAGCUCUAUUUCAAACCAUGGCAGAACAGAGAUCGAGUUCGAGUUCUCCGGUGCAACAGAGUUCGAGUUCUUAUGAAGUCGACAUUGAGCUAGAGGACGAGUCAAAGGAUGCUACCACUUCUGGCAAGUUCCUUGAAGGCAACAUAGUGGUUUCUCCCACACCGGAGCCGGAGAAGGAAGAAGGAGGUUUCUACUAGGUGGUCAAGGUGGAAAAGGAGCAGAUGGUUUAUCGUGAUCCUUUUUAUGAUGAAUUUUAUUGCAAAAUCCCACAAGCUUUGAGGUCUGACUCUGCAAAACAACGAAUUACUAAUGCCGAGUAUGCAGACUGGAUUCGAGGCUCUUUGGGAGAGGAUUAGGGACGCAAUUUUUAUCUUUCUGUGGAUGACCUUUUUUGUCAGUGAAAGUAUAGGAAGAAGAGACAAGUAGACACUGAACCCGACUGGAGGAUUCUAGAGAACUUUUUUUGGAAGCCAGUCUGGAAAGCUUUGAGGGAAAAACUUCUUCAACGGGGAGGACGGAUGUGAUUCUCCCAGUUGAAGACCCCGGCCAACAUUGGUAAAUUCCCCAACCGGGGAUCCAGAGUGAUGACCAGGGAAUUGGUCCAGAAGCACCCCGGGGCGCAGGUGCAUAAAAUCCCCGACCGUAGAUUUAGACCGGGUUUCGGGUUUGACGAACGAACUUUCUUUUGUAUUUAGGUUUUGUUUCUUUUCGUGUUUUUGUUAUUUUAUUUGUCUUGGGCUAUAUAAAGGGCUUAAGACACG